AUGGGAGUAAGGGUGUAUGUUGAGCUUAAGAGAGAAAACAGGGGAUUUAAAGCAUAUCCGUUGUGCGUUAGCAUAACUGAUAAUGAUCUUGGGAAUUUUGUGUCAGGCGAAUCUACAGUUGGAGACGAUAUGUUUCAACUUGAAUUUAAUGAUUAUAUGUAUGCUAUGGACGUAGUUGAUUCAAAUGAUUUGGAUGCGUCGAAUUGUGCUAAGGCUGUUGUUUUAUUUGAAAACAACGAUGGCUGGAUAAUUUUGAACAAGGAACAUAAGGAUGUUUUUGUUGAUCAAAUCUACAAAGAUAAGGACACUCUGAAGAAUGUUAUGGCGAAUUAUGCAAUUCGCAAAAGAUUCAAUUUCAGGACAGAGAGGUCGAAUGCCGUAAGUUACACUCUGGUAUGCUGUUCAACUGAUUGUCGUUGGAAAUUCAGAGCUUCAAGUAUUGCGAACUCUGAAAUGUUCAGAGUGAGAUCUUUUCAUGACGAACAUACGUGUCCAUUGAAGGACAAAGUGUAUUCCCAAAGGCAAGCAACAAGUUGGUUGAUUGGUGCGUCAGUUGUUAAGCCAAAAAUAGCAAAUCACAAGAGGAAAUAUACACCUGGUGAUAUAGUAGACGACGUAAAAAAUGACUAUGGCGUUGAUGUUUCUUAUAUGACGGCCUGGAGGGCUAGAGAAAAGGCAAUGAAUGAAUUAAAAGGGGAACCAACAGAAUCAUACAAGAAGUUACCGGGAUAUGUGUACAUAUUGGAUAAAACAUACCCUGGAUCACAUGUGAGAAUGCACAAAUCACAACAAAACGAGUUCUUGUAUUUGUUUAUAGCACUUAAAGCGUUCAUAAAAGGCUUCGAUUGUUGUAGACCAAUAGUUGUAGUAGAUGGUUCCCACCUUAAAACUACAUAUAAUGGUACUUUUGUAUCAGCCAGCACGUUGGAUGGUACAGGUAAUAUUCUACCAUUGGAAUAUGGUGUGAUAGAUUCAAAGAACGAUAAGUCUUGGACCUGGUUCUUUGAGCAUUUCAAACAAGCUUAUGGGAAUAGGGAUAACAUGUGUGUUGUAUCAGACAAACAUGAGAACAUCAUUAAGGCGAUUGAGUUUGAUAAGCUGAUAGAGAAGAUUGAGAAGGUUGAUUUUCGGGUAAAAGAGUACUUGGAGGAUGCUGGAAGGGAAAAGUGGGCUCGACUGUAUUUACCCGUUAACAGAGGAUGGACAAUGACGUCAAAUAUAGCCGAAUGUAUUAAUGGAAAAUUGGUAGCAGCAAGAGAGUUGCCUGUUUUCGAUUUUCUUGAAGAAGUUGAACCAUCAACUGAAUAUGUGUAUACCAUAAAGGAUGAGGCAAGGCGAUUCAUAAUUGAUCUUAAAAAGAAAACAUGCAGUUGUCGGAUGUUCCAAAAGGACGAGAUACCAUGUCCACAUGCAUGGGCUGUAUUGAAGAUUAAAAGUCUUAUGCCUGAUGAAUAUUGUUCAGACCUAUUCAAACCAAAGACAGUGAUUAAGACGUAUGAUGUGCCUGUGGAUCCUCUGCCUGAUGAGAGUGAGUGGAAUAUUCCCACACACAUAUGCGAUGAAGUUGUUUUGCCACCAAGAUACAAGAGACCCCCGGGAAGGCCAAAGAAAAAGCGAGAUAAACCAUUAAUGGAGACGAUGAUUGGUAAACGUAGGAAUGCUUGUAGUACUUGUGGACGUCUUGGUCACAAUAGACGUUCUUGUCCCAAUGAGCCACGUAAGAAGUAG